CUCAAACAAUUCAGGAGGCUGAUUGAGAAGCAUCGCGCCCAAAUCAGGUUAUAAACCAUGAGCUGGGCGGUGGAGGAGUGGAAGGAUGGACUUCCAGGGAAAGCCCUGCAGAAGAUCCAGGAGAUGGAAGUCCAGCUGGACAAGCUGAAGAAGGAGAGGACACAGAAGCAGUUUCAGCUGGACUCAUUAGAAGCUGCCCUGCAGAAACAGAAACAAAAGGUGGACAGUGAGCGAUCAGAGAUCUCUUCUUUAAAAAGAGAAAACCAGUCUCUAGUAGAAUCAUGUGAUUCCCUGGAGAAAGCUCGCCAAAGGGUCACCCAUGACCUCGGAGUCAAAGAGCAGCAGGUGAGCUACCUGGAGGGUCAGCUUAACUCCUGCAGGAAGACCAUAGAGCGACUGGAGCAGGAGCUCAAGAAGUACAAAAAUGAACUGGAUCGUUCGCAGCCUGCUGGCUCUGCCUCCUUGUCUUCCUCCUCUGCUGACCUGCAGCCCUACACUACUCCACAGAAGAGUUUCGCUACUCCAGCACCUGUCCCGGCCUACAGACAACAGGAUAAUAGACUUGAGGAGCUUCAGGAGAAAUACAACCAAGAGGUAGAAGAAAGGAAAAAACUGGAGACAGACCUCAAAGUCCUGCAGGUCAAACUGUUGAGUCAGUCAUCAGUCAAUGUAAGCCACAAGGACAUUGCUGCCCGCCAAGCAGGAUCCUCCAUAUUCCCAUGGCAACAGCAAGAUCAGGCUCACAGUCGCCAAUCUCAGGAUGCAAUGGAGACGCCUUUGAAGAGGCGAGGGACAUCCCUGUGGGACGCCCACGAAGAGACACCAAUCAAGCCCAGCCAGCGGAUGAGCUGCUCCAUAGCAGUGCAGAGUCCCAGUGGAUCCUCCAAACAGAUGGAGCAGCUAAAGACUCUCAACCAAGAGCUGCAUGGUCGUGUGUCAGAGCUGGAGAGGAAUCUGUCUAAUCAGGAGAAGGAAAUUCGUAACCAAGCUUCUAAACUGCAGGAACUACAAACUCAACUGAAUCAGGCCCGCAAAGACCUUACUGAACGGGACAGAGACCUGGCCAAGACCAGCCAUGAGCUGAGUCAGGCCACAGACAGACACCAGCAGGUUGAAGCCAAGUGUUCAUCAGUUGAGCAGAAGCUUAAACAAGUCACAGAAGAGAUGAGCUGUCAGAGGCACAACGCUGAAAGCUGCAAGCGAGCCCUGGAGCAGAAACUCAAGGACCAAGAGCGAGACAGUCAGAAGGAACUUGCCCAGCUGCAGAAUUCACAUCAGGCUUUGGAUCAGCAGUUGAACCAGACCAGAACCAAACUAACACAGGAGAUACAACAAUCCAAAAAAGACUAUAACAUACUGCAGGCUGACAUGGAGAAGAUGUGCAUCCAGAAGGGUCAGAUGGAGAAGGAGAUGGAGGAGCAGAAACAAAGACUUCUGCGUUCAGAGCAAAGCCUCCAGGCCAAUCAGACCAAAGAGCAGGAUCUGCGCAAGAAGAUGGAGGAGCUGCAGAAAGAGAAGAACAGCAUGACUGUUCAACUGGACCAGAGUAACAGGCGCCUGUCUCAGCUGGAAGAAGAGAAGAAGAACUCUGAACAGAGCUUCAAACGCACACAGGGACUGCUAGAUGAUCUCAAAGCAAAAUCAGAGGGACAGGCAGAGGAGCUGAAGAAACUUCAGUCUAGACUGGAACAGCAAACACAGGCUUCAGCAAGGGAGCAAGAACACCUGAAGAAAACACUCUCUGAUGCAGAGACCAAAAAUGACAGAUCUCAGAAUGAACUCCAGAAACAGAAACAAGAGACAGAGAGGCUGAGCAGCAGGUUGACUGUCCUAGACAAGGAGAGCCAAGAGCUGAAAUCCAAUCUCACUGCGAGCCAGAAUGAGUGCACAAAACUGAAACUAGAACAUCAAGCUCUGGUGGAGUGGAAGACAGAGAAAGAGACCUUAAUUAAUGAAACUGAAACAGUGCAAAAGGAGCUCAGUGACAAAAUUAACAACCUGGAGAGUAGUGUCAGCUCUCUGAAUGAAACUAAUGGUGAACUUCAGAAGAAGCUCAUGUGUGCAGAGAGAGAAAAGGCCAGUCUGUCAUCUCACAUUGAUUCAUUAAAAGGAGAAGUCCUCAACAAGAGUACAGAGUUGGAAGAGAAAGAGCAUCAGUACAAAGAGCUUCAGUCUCAGUUUUCUGAGGCUGGCCAGAAACACACCAAAGACCUGGAGAAUGUUGGCAUGCAGGUGGCUCAGCUUGAAUCACAGGUCAAAGAUCUGGAGUUACAAUUGCAAAAGGAAAUUACUCGAGCAGAGCUUGCUGAGAGGACGAACACAGAGCUGCAGGAGGAGCAUCAGGCAGCCUGCGACCUGGUUCGCUCCAAAGACCAGCUAAUAGACCUUGGCCAGACUGAAGUCAGCCAGCUGAGGGAAAGUCUUGCAAAAGCCACAGCACAGCAGGAGGAGCAAAAUGCCAGGCUGGCAGAGGAGAAAGCAGUCCUGUUGAAGCAGUGUGAGGACAGUGUUGCAGCGAAGGCUGAGGAGACUGAACACAUCAAGCUACAGAUGGAGGAGGUCCAGCAAGAGCUGCUGCUCACCAAAACCCAGAUCAGUUCCACGGAGCAGUUCCUAAAGGUCCAGGAGCAACUGGGGGCUGAGCUACAGAAACAAAUUAAGACAUUGUCAGAUGGGGAAGAGGAACUCAAAAAGAUGUGCGAGAAGAAAUCAGAAGAGCUCAAGCAGUUAGAAGAGGACCUGAAGGAUCAGCGGAGCCAGACAGAAGAGAAGGAGAAACAGUUUAGAGAAGCUGAAGCGUACAUGGUUUCUGUGGAGAAACAAAAGGCUGAGCUGGAAAAUGUGGUUCAAGAGAUGAAGAAAGAAGUAGAGAUCCUCCAGCAUAGUCACACUGAGAAAAUCAACACCCUGCUGGAUCAGAUGUCUUCCUUAGAAGAAAAGAUGGCAGCGAGCGAAGAUGCAGCUGAGAAACUUCUAGUCUUGCAGAAUGAUCUGGAUGUGGUCAAUCAGUCUUAUGCUGACCUUAAAGAUUCUCUGGAAGCUCUUGAGAAGAGUCACUCCUCCACUAUUGAAAUCAAAUCCAACCUGGAGAACAGUUUGUCUGAGAAAAGUGAGCUGAUCUGUGCUUUGGAAAAAGAGAUUAAAGAUCUCACAGAGAAGAUGAGUAAAGAAUCAGAGAGUCACACUUUGGAGAUUGAAAAUUUCGUCAAUAAAGAGAAAAACCUUAAAGAGCAGCUUGAGGCCACUAAGAAAUCAAUAAAUGCUGCCAAAGCAGAAUCAAGUUCUCGUCGAGAGGAGAUCAAGACCAUGAAGACGACUCUGUCUGCUGCUUCACGUGGUUUGGAAGAAAGAGACAACACGAUAAAGAGUCUGAAGCAGAAGCUGAAUGAAGCAGAGGCAGAGCAUGCCAAAACCUCAGAUCUGCUGAAGGAGAAGGUGGUCGCCAUGAACAAAAUCAAGGUGCAGCUAGAGAUGCUGCAGAUGGACCUGGAGGACAACGAGACAGCCAUGAACUCUUUUGACGGUCAGGUGGAGGAGCUAAAGGGAACAAUAGAGUUGCUAGAGGGUCAACUUGCUCAAAACAAGACCCAGAUGUCUGACAUGGAGGCCAGGCUGGAGGAAAGCAAAGCCCAGGUCUCUGUCUUGGAAACACGCUUGGACGAGGUCCAAUCCCAGAACUCUGUGCUGGAGACAAAGUAUGUCACAGCAAAGGAGGAGUUAUUGGAGAGGAGCUGUGAAAUAAGUCGUCUGGAAGAGGACGCUGUCAAACGAAACCAGCUGGAAGAGACUGUUGCCUCAUUAGAGUCUAAACUUAGUCAGAUGACAGAAGAGAACGCCAAGUUAGAGACGAGCAUCAGACAGAUGGUUCAAGACAAAGACAACGAUAUCAACCAGUUACUCCAGCAGAAAAACCACCUGGAGACUUCUUUGAAACAGUUAAUGCAUGACAAAGAACAAAUUGAAGCUGAAAUUAUUCAAAUAAAUACAGAGAAGAAACAGCUGGAGACCAGUUUAGAAGAGCUAUCUGAGCAGAACCAACAACUGCAGACCAACAUUCAGCAGUUAACUGAAGAAAAGCAGCAAACACAAGCCAGGAUUGAGGAAAUGACUGCUGAGAAACAUGAGGCUGAGUUGGCUCUUAGUCAGGUCAUUGAAGAGAAAGCCCAGUUUGAUGUUACUCUGCAUCAGCUAAAGGAGGAAAAAACUGAACUUCAGAGUAACCUCUCUGCAUUAAUCUCUGAGAAAUGUCAUUUAGUUACUAACUUAAAUCAAGCAGUAGAGGAAAAGCUCCAGCUAGAAUCUAACUAUAAUCAGCUGUCUGAAGAAAACAUCAAACUACAGUCUCAUGUAAAUGAAGUAACUGAAGAGAAGCUGAAAUUACAAGAAAACAUAGAGAGGCAUCAGGAUGAGGUGACUUCUCUUAGAGAGGAGAAUGAGAGUAUCCAGAGCUCCCUCCUGUCCUCAGAACAAGAGCGCCAGAGGCUGAAGGAGCAGCUUGAGAUGAGGGACGAGGCAACUGAGGAGGAGAACAAAGAGCGGAGCCAGCAGUUUGAAGAACAGGCUGAGCUGCACCAGAAGCUGGCGGUCUUACAGAAGGAGCUGACUGUGUUCAAGCAGCAGUAUGAUUCACUGCUGGAACAGGUGGACCAACAGCACAGCCUCAUACAGCAGCUCUCAGAAUCACCGGGAACCCAGAACCCAGCAGAAAUGAUCAACCACAUGGAGACUGAGGACACAGAUAUUGGUGCUGAAGUCGAAGGACAGAUUGAUGUUGAGCCAGAAAAUGAUACAAGCAUCAGUACCAGCAUGGAGCCCCUUCCAGUGAAGGAGCAGUGUGUGGUGCUGAGUGAACUUUCUCACCAGUCUAAUGAGACUUUCAGUGAGACUGAGCUGGAAUGCAAGUUAGAGCAAGAGAUCAUCCAGGAACCGGAGAAGGAGGCAAGUCCAGCUAUUGCUGAGGAAAUAAGGACUAACGAAGAGGAGCAACAUCUUCAUCAGCAGGUUUCUGAAGACAGCUGUAGUCCCAGAGAUGUUUCAGAAAAUGAGCCUGUAAUCUGUGACCUAUCUUCACAGUCUUCCUCCCUGAGUGAGAUGAGAGAGUUGAAAUCCUCUGAGUCAACCCAGAUACAUGAUGUCAGCCAUUACAAGGAGAUGAUCUCAAAACAAGAAAAUGAGCUCGAGACCCUGCGCUCAGAGUUCAACCUACUGAACUCUGACCUUGAACUCAGAAAGGAGUUGAGCUUUGAACUGGAAGUUCAAGUUCAAAAUUUGGAGAAGAAACUUCAGGCUGCAGAUGAGGAGGGAUGUGGUGCAACAUCUCAGCUGAAAAAUGCUCUGGAGGCAAGGAAGAGCCUUGCUGAUGAGUUGACCCAGCUGUCGGAGGAGAAAGAGACAUUAACCCUGCAGCUACAAACAGCUAAAUGUCAGCUGACAGAUGUUAUGGAGAUGCUGGAAGGCCUUGAGAUGGCCAAAGGUGGAUGGGACGAGAAGUUUCUUCAGCAGGAGAGUGAGUUAAAGAGGGUUCGCUCUGAGAAAGCUAACCUGGAGCAGCACAUCCUGGGAAUGGAGUCAGAGCUGGAGACCAUGCAGGUGGAGAAAACCAGACUGACGGAUGAAAUGGAGACCCAGAAGAAGACUUCUUCAGGCAUGGAGCAACAGAUAGAAACACUAAUGACCGAGACCACCCAGCUGAGAUCUGAACUUGUGUCAUGCUCUGAGGAGCGUGACGAGUUGAGCCAGUCUUUGGGCCAAUGGAGAGAGAAAGUUCAUACUCUGGAGAAGACUAACUGUGACACCAGACACCUAAUUUCCAUCCUAGAGGACGACAUUCGAGCAGGAAGGAAGGAGUAUGAAGCCCUGCAAAGCAACAUGGAGAAACUGAAGACAGAGAGGCAACAGCUUAUGGAGCAGGUUAAGCUCCUGGAGCAGGCAGUCUCUCAACAGUGUGGAGAAAGAGAGGAGCUUAUCGGCCAUCUUAACCAGAUAAAAGAAGAUCACACCUCUGCCAAUGAAAACACAGAGUCUAUGAUGGGCAAGAUACAGGCUUUAGAGGGAGAGGUUUGUCGUCUUUCACAAUCUCUCGAGUCCUCUCUGCUAGAAAAAGGAGAGAUUGCCUCUCGCCUGAACUCCACACAAGAGGAGGUUCAGCAGAUGAGAACUGGUAUUGAAAAGCUCCAGGUUCGCAUUGAGUCAGAUGAGAGGAAGAAAAAGAAGAUGGGAGAGCUACUCAAAGCUGCCCAGAGAAAGUCUGACUCACUGCAAGAUCGUAUCGAUGCCCUGGAGCGAGAGAAGGAAGAUGUAGAGCAAAGUCUAGAGGAUGCUGUGCUGCAGGCUGAAACAGCCAAAGCUGAACUGGAGGAGGAAAGGACAAAGGUAGAGGAGGAAAAGAAAGAGCUUAGUGAGAAACUAUCAGAGCUCUCUGCCACACUGGACAACCUGAGAUCUGAGAAAGAACAUAUGGAGAGAGAACUGGAAACAAAAAACAGAGAGAUUGAGGAGCUGAAGGCAGCUAAGGAGGAGCUGGAGAGAGGACUGGAGAAGGCAGAGGUAGACAGAAGAGAAGAAGAGGAAAAACAGAAAUACAGGGUCGAAGAGCUGGAGAAAGGAAUUAGAGAAGAAGCAGAGAGACAAAUUAGACGAGUAGAUGACCUUCAAGCACAGCUGGAAGCCUCUCGGCAGAGGGAGAUCUCGCUUGCAGAAAAGCUUGCUGAAAAUGAACAACUGGUAGAGGAAAAGGAGAAACUGCACUCGACCCUGUUAUCUCUACAACAAGAGGGAGAUAACCUGCGCUGCACUCUGGCAUCUGUAGAAAGAGAGAAAGAAAGACUAGAUCAGGAGAGAAAUGUGUUAGGAGAUGAGAAAGAAAAGCUUCAGUCAGGCAUUGCUUUGAUAGAAAAGGAGAAAUGUGAUUUGCAACAAAAUCUUUCGUCAUUAAGGCAAGAGAAGGAGAGAAUAGAAGAGGAGAAACAGAAGCUGGAGACUGAAAAACAAGAACUGCAAUCUUCCCUUUCUUUGAUUGAAGAAGAGAAAAAGAAACUGUCUUCAACUGUUUCCUCACUGGAACAAGAAAAGCAGCAAACAGAAGAGGAGAAAGAGAAACUCAAACAAGAACGAGAGAGUCUUCAGACAACAGUUGCCUCUGUUGAGAAGGAAUUGGAAACAAACAAACUGUCCAUCUCACAGCUCAAAGAACAGGUGUCUGAGUUGACAUCUCGUGCAGCUCGUCUGUCUAAAGAGAGAGACUCUGCCCUGAGCAAGAUCAAUCUUUGGAUGAAGACCUGUAAACAGCUGGAGCAGGAAAAGCAAAUGAUGUUGAUCAGUUCAGGAGACAAGAGGAGUGAGGAGGUCCAGCCUGAAGUGACCCAGCUGAGGAUGGAGGCAGAGGAGAGAAAGAAAGACUUAGAAGACUUGAAGAAAACCCUGGAGAAGAAGACGACAGAGGCUGAAGAAAGACUGAUGGAGUCACAAGAAAAAAACAAAGAGCUUAAGGAACUAAUGGCCACCCUUGAUGGAAAGAAGAAGGAAAUGGAGGAGAAGGAAAGAAAACUGGAGGAAAUGAAGAGUGAGCUGGAUGAACUGAACAACGUUCUGGAUGAGAAAAGUAAAGAGGCUGAUGACAGCAUGGAUAAAUACUGCAGUCUGAUGGUUAAAGUCCACAAACUGGAAGAGACCAACGAUGCACUUAAAACACGACUGGAACAGGUUACUGCCACUCAACGUGCUGAUGCAGCUAACAGCCUCGCUAGCAGCACUGACAGCCGCAGGCGUUCAGGAAGGAGGUCUUCCUCCAAACACCAAGAAGAAAAAAUGAAUGGCAACGCUGAGAACGUGGAUCCUCAGAGGUCUCCUCAGGGCUCUUCUUCAGGGAAACGAGGUCAUCGUGACAUCAGUGACAAAGACAGCGCCCAGGAGGCCCUGCACAACCUGACAAAAAAGAUCAAAGCCAACGCCAUGACGACACCCAAACCAAGAGCUGAACAGGACGAUGAAGAGUUCAGACCAGAGGGGCUUCCUGAGCUGGUGCAGAAAGGGUUUGCUGAUAUUCCUCUGGGGGAGGCCAGUCCAUUCAUCAUUAGGAGAACCACAGCGAAGCGCUGCAGUCCUCGGCUGGCUGCAAGACAGGCUCUUCAUACAUCAGCACCUGAUGGCAAGGUUUUGAGUCCCUUCGCUGGUCCAUCAACAGACGGCUCCAAUAAGAAGCGUCAUUCCCCGAGCAGCGAGGACAAACCUGUGCAUCGUUCACUCAGUUUACUGAAGACACCAGAGCAGAAAGAGAAACAACUUGUAGGACAACAAACACAACAAGGAGACAACUGUCACGUCCAGUAGAUCAAUUUACACACUCAUGGUCUUGCACAUAGAAAUAUACACAUGCACAUCGCAGAUAUUAACAGUUAUUAACACAGAUGUUAACACUCCAUGUUUAAAAACAGACGUGGAUUUUUGAAGACACAUUCAUUUUAAAACUAACAUUCCACCUUAAAGUCUUUAACACUUAAAAAGCACCUUUUCUUUUCUUUUUGGGGCUGUGUAUUCAUUUGUGAGUAAAUCACUUUCCUCCAGGACUUCAAAAGACUAAACUACCUGUUCUUAUUGCUAGCUGAUAGUCAUGACAAAAAGAAAUCAGUAAUCCAGUAAUAUGAUGAGGAUUACUGUCCAAAUGCAGAUUUUCUUCAUAGCAGUUUUGACCAAUUUUUUUUUGUAUUUUUUUAACUGAAACUGCGUCUCUGAAUGAAUCCAGCAUUUUCAUGCCUUUGAACAUAAACCAGCCGUAUGUUUGUCACAUUUUCACCACUUCAUAUAUUUGUUAAUCAUUUCUUUGUGUCCUUACCACUGACUCUCUGGACUUUAUUUUCUGUUGUACCUCUCCUGUGUUGGUUUGUAUGUGAGAAAUAUCUUUUUGUGAACCUUGUUUAUUGUAGAUAUUAUCUCCGUAAUGACGCGUCUAUGCUUCACCCACCUAUUUAGUUCUGUAACAUAUUACCUGAGUACUAAUGGCAGCUAAGGUUCUCCGCUCUGUUUUUAUAUUUUCUAGAUAUUUUUAUAGUAUGUUUCUGUUGUUUAAACUUUGAUCAGUGUUCAUGAUCACUGUAAAUAGUAAAUGAUGCAGAACAGCUUUUUUUAGUAAAUUUAUUUUAACUGCUUCCUA